CGACAAUAUUUGUACACAAUGACAAGGCAGUGGGUCUUUCCAGUUCCCACAUCGUAUUACAAACUUGCAAGUAACCCUCAAUCAACAUUCUGACGUUGAUCUUAAUGCGCCAAAGCUGCUUCAGCUAGCAAGCUAUCCGCACUGACUUCUGAUUAAACUGAGGGUCAAGCUUUGCAGCCUACGACGGGCAGAAGGUCAUCAUGGCGAGCGGGAAAAAAUUGUUAUUGCAUUUCUCUCCGUGUCGACUGAAACCUCUUCAGAUCAGUUAAUUGAACAAAUUAAGCUUGAGAAUGAUGAUUUUAGUUGCGUCUUUGUGAAACUCACGCAACAAGACUUACAUUCGUUCCAGCCAGGAGAUACCUACGAUGCCGUCGUUCUGUUGCAUUCAAUUUCACAAGGUCGUAACUCCAUUACUGACGUAGCAAGCGCCAAGUACAGCAAGCUCCUACCCCAACUCAAAAGGAUUUAUGGACCUGACCGUGUUGCAGUUGUUGUUCACUCCAUGACGAGCUUCAAUUCUAACACCAAGAUGGCACUGAUGUUGGUCUUUAAGAAGUCUCAGCCAACCACCUUCCAGUGCUCUAAAUGCGUCAUCCAAUGCAACAAUCUAGCUAAAAUGCAAGCUCAAGACCUCUCACGGCUCACUGAAUUCCUCGGGAAGAUACCCAGUCAUCCCCUACCCAUCGCUGAAGUGGAGGCACCUACAACCCAAAUGGCUUCUAGUACUUCCGACACCGCACAAGUCUCUCAGGCCUCACCGAAAGUCGACACCUCACCUGAUAGAUAUGCCACCCAAGACAAAGUGAUCGACAUAACCUACCCCAUAGCCUUGGUCAGUCUUUCUUCAUCAAAUCAACCCGAAAAAUUGCGGGAUGGUCUACGACGACAAUUUCCCGGAAAGACAAUCGUGUUGAUUAAAGACAUACAUGGCCUGGCAAGCAACAGGCACUUUUUUGAAGCCAUUCUUGUGGACUUGGGAUCAUUACAGGAAGCUGCCUCUUACAGUUCGGAUGAAAAGAAGCUCGCCUUGGAUAUUUACCAGAAAUGCGUAAAAGAGAUGUUGGUACCCCAGAAUUUAGCCAUGUUGAUGCUAGCUCCGACGAAUACUCAUUCAGAACAUAAACAUGCAGAUAUCAUACGCAUGAUAAGCGAGAUCGCCAAGACCAGAAAAGUUUCUGUCUUUCAGUACAGCAGUGAAUCUUGCAGACCAUCUCACUUUGAUGUUGACAUGAAAAAACUACUGGUUAACUGGCUUCUCGAUUGCAUCAAAAGAUACCACGCAGCUGCCCCACAGGAGGGACCCGGCUUCUUCGGGAGCAUUCAGAUUCAAAAAGCCAAGUUUCUCACGUUUUUUAAGAAGCUAGGCAGGUAGAAGUACGUCAGUGGGGUGGUGGAUUCACAGGCCUACCUUGGAGAAGUCCUUUUGACUGGUAAUGGAUGUCUAGUAAGAGAAUGACGUGAACAUGAAGCCUUGAACAUGACUGUUAGUGGUGGUUGGACACCUAAGGAGGAUCUGUUUUGUCUAGCAAGGCAGCAACGUACAUGUAAUAAAAUUGUAUUUUAAAGACUUUCGCUUCAUUAAAUACCACCAAAUUUUGGGUUUAAAAAUCUUAAUUUAUUUUUACCCGAUAUGUGGCAAAGCAUACAAAAAUAUGUAUGAUUUUAAUAGAAAAAGGAGAACCCUUGCGAGGUUCGUGCCAACUGUUUUUGAAUAAACACAACUUUUCGGAUAUCUUCUUUCUUCUUCAGGUAAAGAACAGGCUGACGUUAUCAAGUAAGAGUGAACACUAACAAAAUCAAAAUAUAAGAGAGAGAUUCUUUUGUGUUCUAGAUCAAUAAAAAGUUGAAUAUUAGCAUGAAACUAGUAAAA